UCAACUGUGCAUAAACUGAGAUGCCAUCAGCUGGCGGUGACACGGACGCGCACCUCGCCAUCCUCGCCCUCAUCCCACCUUCAAGCCCAUCUACAACCAUCAAUCGAAUGAGGGGGUUAAGAAAAAGAGGGAAAGAAAAAUCUAAUGAGUGAAAGAAAGAAAUAAGGAGGGAAGGAGAGAGAAAGCGCGCGCGCGUCUGCUCCAUGGUCACUCGUCUGUUGGAAGAACGAGAUACAUUGUGGAUUCGACUUUUCUUGGAGAGCACUUGUCCAAAAAACAGCGUUUGUUGGCGUGACAGAGGCGAACAGUCAUGCACCUGAACCGAGAGGACGAGGACGGGAAAGGUUCUUUGUCUCUGAGCGUGUUCCUGGUGUCGGUGGGUUUAACCGUGUGUGUCGUAUGGCUGGUGGCGCUGUGCGGGGUCUGCGGAUGGUGCCAACGCAAACUGGGAAAGAGGAAAAAGCCGGGGGUGGAGACAGCGGGAACCCCAGACUCCGUGUCGGUGUCGGGAAGAGGCCGAGGAGAAAAUAAAGCCAUCAAUCACAGUGAUCUAGACAGGGAUUUUUGGAAUAAUAAUGACAGCAGCAACGUGCAGCAGCGCUGGAGCUCUUACCCACCCAAGGAGUUCCUCCUGAACAUGUCCCCCUACGCUCCCUACGGAGACCCUCGCCUCACGCCAAAUGGAUCGCUGGAGAAAAGGGAGGUGGGUGGGGGGGCAGUGGGGGGUCCGAGUCGCAGUGACAGCUGCAUAGGUGCGGGCACCAGCAGGUCCCGAAGGUGGCAAACUGUCCAGAGCCACCUGCACUCCGGAAGCCUGAGACCCAGCAAUGCCAGUUUUGGGGACCCCUCUCUCUCCACCACCUCCACCCUGGAGCAUAUCCCGUCCUCAGCAGCCCGCCCCAGGCCCCUGGUCAGGCAGCAAAGCCUUCAGCAGCCCCUAACCCACCAGCCCCCGCCAGGCCCCAACGACCCCCCAGUCACCUCCCAGAGUCUGGGCCAACUGCACACCGGUCCUGGGGGUGGGGGACAACGUGGGGGCCCGCGGGGGGUGCGUGGUAGCCCGGCUGGGGCAGGGGCAUCCCGCUACAGGUCGGGCGGAGGGGCCAGGUCGCGUUCCAAUCCCGGGAGCUGGGACCACAUGAUGGGACAGAUCCGAACCAGAGGCAUGGACGUCAAGUCGUUCCUAGAGGGCAAGAUGGUCGUUCUGUCUCUGGCAAUUGGAUUGGCCGAGCAAGAUGACUUCGCCAACCUUCCAGACCUACAGGAGGCGCCAGCGGACAAAGAAACACCUACAACUGACAAAAGACCUGCCGGUAACAAAGCCGGCAGCAGCCCCAAGGGCCAGACACCGGACGAGAGCAACCGCCGGACAGACGCCAACUCUUCCAUCUCGGACCUGGCCAACUCCGUCACGAGCGACAUGCUGAUGUUGUCCCCAGGCUCUGAGGAAGAGGAGCACGAAGGGCCCGUGUGCGAGAAGCUGGGUCGCAUUCAAUUCAGCGUGGGCUACAGUUUUCAGGACUCCACCCUAACAGUGAAAAUUCUGAAGGGUCAGGAUCUACCUGCCAAAGACUUCUCGGGAACUUCAGACCCGUUUGUAAAAAUCUACCUUUUGCCAGACAAGAAGCACAAACUGGAGACCAAGGUCAAGAGGAAGAACCUCAACCCUCACUGGAAUGAGACCUUUUUAUUUGAAGGAUUCCCCUACGAGAAGGUGGUGCAGCGUACGUUGUAUCUGCAGGUGCUGGAUUAUGACCGUUUUAGCAGAAAUGACCCUAUAGGAGAGGUGUCCCUCCCUCUGAACAAGAUUGAUCUGACCCACAUGCAGACCUUCUGGAAAGAGCUGAAACCCUGCAGCGAUGGAAGUGGGAGUCGAGGUGACCUGCUUCUGUCUCUGUGUUACAAUCCCACGGCCAACACCAUCACUGUGACCAUCAUCAAGGCACGCAAUCUCAAAGCCAUGGACAUCGGGGGAACAUCGGACCCUUAUGUCAAAGUGUGGCUGAUGAACAAAGAUAAACGAGUGGAGAAAAAGAAGACGGUGGUGAUGAAGAGAUGUUUGAACCCCGUGUUUAAUGAGUCGUUCCCCUUCGACGUCCCCACUCACGUGCUUAGAGAGACCACCAUCGUCAUCACAGUCAUGGAUAAGGACAGACUGAGCCGCAAUGAUGUCAUAGGCAAGAUCUAUCUCUCAUGGAAGAGCGGUCCAGCCGAGGUCAAACACUGGAAAGACAUGAUGAGCCAUCCACGCACAGCCGUUGCCCAAUGGCACGCUCUCAAAGCUUGAUGGCCCCGCCCACAAAAAUUUGGUUUUGGAGACCUGCCUUUUUUCACAACUUACAUUUUUUUCCGCCACCAAAAAAGAGGCUAAGCACUGCCAAGAAGACCGGGAGAGAAAGUCUCGUAAACGGACUCGUCUUCCUCCACAAUUCCGCGAGCAGGGUGACUUCUAUCAUCGAUCUUCAACCGCUGAACUUAAACCCUUUUAGCGCCACGUUUUUGCAUCUCGGCAGUCCCUCAGCAACCACAGUGCAAUACCUUGCUGAGGGAGGGACGACUUGGUUGUUUGUUGGACUUUGUCACCCCUGUAUGUUUUAUUCAGAAAUGUGUAGAAAUUGCUCUUUUGUUGGAUCUCUUUGUUGUCUGUUUGUAAUGUGGGUUAUAUUGUGUGACAGAAAAAAAGAGGUCUUGUUUAAAACGUACAAAAAAAAGGUCAACUAACGUCGACUGGAUCAGUUCAGGUGGUUAUGAGGAAUGUGUUUGAACAAUUUUAGAACAUUCCAAUAUUAGCCUGAACAAAAUAGUGGCAGGGCGACAAAACAGAGAAUUGGAAUAUUGGAAGACGUCUGUGCAAAAAAGUGAGCACUUUAACGAACGCUGGUUUUACGUUCCGUUGCGUCUAUAAUGUUACCGAGAGGAAUUUAUCAUUAAACGCAAGUAGAGCUGUCAACCGAUUAAUUGCAUCCAGAAUAAAAAUUUGUGUUUACAUAAUAUAUGUCUCUGCACUGUGCAUAUUAAUUUUGUAUUUAUAAACACACACAUACAUGUUUAUAUUUAAGAAAAAUAUAAAAAUUAAAUAUUUCCUAAAUAUAUAUACAUGUAUGUGUGUGUAUGUAUACAAAAUUAAUAUGCACAGUACAUAGACAUAUAUUACGUAAACACAAAUUUUUAUUCUGGAUGCGAUUAAUCGCGAUGAAUCAUAAACGCGAGUAUGUAAUCUUUUGGCUGCGGGUGCACAGCAGUGCGCAUUAGCGUCUAUAACGGUCACGUUAUAGCAGAGAAAAGGUUUAAAGACAAUCUUUGUGAGCGAGUUAUUUGAAGUUAUGUUUAUAACUAGCUACCUGCAAAACAACAAUAAUUAUUAUUUGAACUUUGCCGCACCAAGGAUGGUAACGUUUAACAAAGCCGUCAUUUGUGUACAUGCGUUCGGUUCAUUUCAGUCCUGCAGUCAAACCGAGAUGCCCAGUUCAAAAUAUCUUCCAGGGUAAAGAGCGAUAGACAGGAUAAAAAUGAACGUUUGAAGUGUGAGCGCGUUGGAAGCCAUGUGUGAAUGUACUUUAAUCUCAAGCAUUCCUCGUGUAAAGUACCCAUCUUGCACAGGAUUGCAUCAACCAGUAUGCAAUGACACUGCCAGUGUGAGUUCAACCGCUGCCAAAAUCUUUCUCAUUUGUUUUCCGACAUUUCCAAAAGGGCUUAAUGAGUUCUUAAUGUCCCUUAAAAAUAAGAAUUUAUCAAACAAAUCUUGAGAAAAAGAAAAGGGUAAAGCGGAAACAGAAACCGAUGUCAUGUAAUCGUACGAAUUGUUUGUCACUUAGUGUGCGUGUGUUCAUUUGUCUAUGUCUUUAUUUGUGUAAGCAUUGAGGUUUGGAUUAUACAAUGAUUAUACAAUUAAGUUUCAAGUUACACUUAAAUUUAAUUUAUUUUAUUCUGCCUUCAAGUUUAUUUAGAAAGUUCUUAUUUGAAAGGAUAGUUCACCCCAAAAUAAUUUUUUUUGUGGCGUUCCUAACUCGCCUUUCAUUCCUCUUUCAAGAAAUGAGAUUUUUAUUUUUUGGUAUUACUAAUUUGUCUACAAAUUAUUGAAUCAAGAUGCAUUUUCUUGACGAGCAAAAUGACCUAAGCAAAUAAGUCUU